AUGCUGUCGUCACUGUCCAAGCUGAUCAGGGGCCAUGUCGCUGUCUGCGACGUGGCAACAAUUCGACAACACGACACGACAACAACAGGGCACAACCACAACAGAACGACACCACUGGGGACGAGGACGGUGCCAUGUCACGACGCAACCACGAGCACCCACCAACAUCAACAACCGCCCACGAAGACAAGCGCCCACAACACGACAACAACCAAAUCCGCCCACCCACGAACGAUGCCCACCGCCCCACACGGCCCCACCACCCAUGAACCCCCACCCACAACAACGAAUGCCCACGAGUGCCCACAACAUGACAACGAAUGCCCACGAAUGCCCAUGCACGACAACGAAUGCCCACAAGCGCAACGCGCAAACGACAAUGCGAAGACAAACGAAACGGCAACCCAGCCCCACGGAUGCCAAUACAGCACACCACCCACGACCAACGACCCAGAGCGCCCACACACGGAGGAUUCCGCUCGCGUGAACGGAAAUGGGCAACGACGAGCCCAGACAAUUCAGAUGAAUGAAGAUAACAGUCCAGUGGAACAGGGAGAUGACGGUGAGGAGGAGGACCAGCUGUUCAAUGACAAGGACCAUGUACACUAA